AUGAGCACAGACGCAGUGACCCUCGAUUUGAAUGGACCUGCGCUUACAUCAAGGAAAUCUUCAAGCCGGUCAAAAGGCAAGGGUGCUCGUCGGGGUGAUUUUGAGACGCUUUCGAUGGAUGUGGUGAUUGUGAGAAGGCCGGUAACGGCCGAACCGGGGGAUGGCCAGACUCAUUCCCAACCCAGGGAGGAGCACCCUGUUGAUUCCAACCACUUCAUGGCAGAAGAUGCGCGUAGGCCGAGAAUUGUCGAGAUAAAUGGCCAAUGGAGUGAGCCAGCCAUCAGCCAUGCGCAGAUGCCAGCAAACACAAAUCAAGCGCAGCAACAUCCUCAGCAUGCGUACCAGCAACCACAUUUCCCUCCCCAGGGUCACGCUGAUGCAAGGCAGCAGCACCAUCAACAGACGCAAUGGCCAUUGCACCAACAACCAGAAAUACAUCAUCACGGGGUAACUGAACCAGGCAACAAUCCUCAAUUCCAGCCACAAAAUCCGGGUAUCCGGAUAAUCCCAGUUGCUCCUGAUGGACAUCCUCAGAGCCUUGAUCAUGGUCUUAGUUCCAAUCAAAUCAAUCAGCAUGCGGAUCGACCCUCCAUGAGGCCAGAAAUUCAUAAUCAGACCAAAGAGAAUAAAACUUUUACACCCUGGUCGUCAAGUCUGCACGUCGGGCCGGAAGCAGACUGGCCUCCUGGAUCGAGCAGCCUAGGAGACGACGAUUCCGAGCUGUUUGACUUUGAAGUCGGAAGCUCAGCUACCGAAGGCUCCGAGGACAUCAUUGAUGAAGCGCUAAAAAGAUCGAAGUCAUGGCGCGGAAGCCUUCAUCAUCGCCAGAACUCUGCAUCAAGUCAAAAUCGGCCUGAGGUCGUUUACAGGACUCAUUCCCGCAAGAAGCCGACCAAGCCCGCUUCAGACUCGAAGCUCAACCGCAGCAAAUACCCAGUCGGUUAUGUCGAGGUGAUCCCAGCCAAUAGCAAGCAAUCAAGCAAGCGAACUGUGAAGCCUCAAUUGAAAGAAACUGCCGCCCAGCAACAGCCCCGGAGCCGGCCCAAGAUUGUGCAAGCACCCGCGAACUCGGCCGACCUGGACCUCCUACAUCUCAGUGACAAACUGCUUAAGGGCCGUGAGAGGAAUGACAUCAGAACGCGAAUCCUGGAUGAUCGGGAAGCAAGAGUGGAACGGCGGGAGAAGCUGGUCGAGCAUCAGGCCCGGAUUCUGGACGAGAAACUCGAAGAAGCGCGUUUCUUGGAUCGACAUCUGUUGCUUCAAGAGCCAGGUCUCUUUCAGCGUCGACAUUACCUGUGA